AUGGAAUAUGGGAAUGCGGGAAUGCAGCGUCUGACAUGGUCGAGGUCGACAUUGUGGUCGUGGACGAGCUGUAGUCGAGAUAGAGCCCACGUUGACAGAGGCAGGCCGGUCAUUGGUUCAACUCAACCAGCUUCCCCUGGCGACGACAUGGGCCGCCGCCGGGCCCUCUCUCAACACUCCCCCCAAUUCACCCCACAAGCCCGUCACUCCAACACGUCUCCAUCGCCCUCCAAGGCAACGCGCGCCCUCCCAAGACACAACCCCAAGAGACGCAAAACGCCCGCCAAGCGCCGCAGUCCAGGCUUGACACGGCAUUCCAGCGCGGUCGAGGAUCCACCACGCCCAAGAGAGUUGCUUAUCCCACCCGGGGCACACGCUUCACCUCGACAGGAAAGUCUCACUUUGCUCGGUCUUUCCGUGGGCCAAGACAUCCGCUCCUUGGCACCGACCACGGCACCGACCACGCCCUUGAAUGGGCCACGCCGGGACAGCCCCCGGAACUGGCAUCCUACAUGGGCACAAGUUCUCGCUCUCACGCAACAGCGUCUCAACCUGUCUAGCUGGCUGGCCGACUGGCUUUGCUACUACCAGCCGCCGAAUGCAGGCCUGGUCUGGCCGCAAGCCAUGUCAUGUAGCUUCCCUCGCUGCGUGUCACUCACCAUGCCACGCCUCACUCAGUUCGACUAUGUCUUCGCACUGGGCACCUUUUUUGCCCUGCUCGACGCCUACAACAACGGUGCCAACGAUGUCGCCAACGCGUGGGCCACUUCAGUCUCCUCCCGUUCGGUUUCCUACCGCCAGGCCAUGAUUCUCGGAACCAUCUUUGAAAUGGUUGGUGCCAUCACCGUCGGUGCCCGUACCGCCGAUACCAUCAAGAACGGCAUCAUCCCCAACAGUGCAUUCCAGGACAACGCCGGCGUCCAGAUGCUUGCCUUUACUUGCGCCCUCGCUGGUGCUUCCAUCUGGGUGAUGUGGUGCACCAGGCACUCGGCCCACGUCUCGUCUUCCUACUCGCUCAUCUCCUCUGUUGCUGGUGUCGGUGUCGCCGUGGCGGGUGCCUCCCAGGUUCAAUGGGGCUGGAACAAAGGCAAGGGUCUCGGUGCCAUCUUUGCUGGUCUUGGAAUGGCUCCUGCUGCCUCUGCCUUCUUCGGGGCGACCAUCUUCAUGCUGAUCAAGUUGACUGUCCACCUGCGCAAGAACCCCAUCCCAUGGGCCAUCUGGACCGCCCCCUUCUUCUUUCUCAUCGCCGGUACCGUCUGCACGCUCUCCAUUGUAUACAAGGGAUCGCCCAACCUCGGUCUGAACAAGAGGCCCGCCUCGUUUGUCGCCACCGUCACCGUCUGCGCGGGUGUCGGUCUGGCUGCCCUGUCCUUCCUCUUCUUCGUCCCCUACCUGCACGCCAAGGUGGUCAAGCGCGACCACACUGUCCGCUGGUACCACUGCCUCCAGGGUCCUCUUCUCUUCCGCCGCCCUGCUCUCGAGGGCGCCGAUGCUGCCGUCGUUCCCGACUACGCCGUCGUCCAGCACGAUGACGAGUUAAAGCCAGCCUCCCUCCACAGCGACGAAGAGAAUGGCAUCCACGUCAUUGAUGAAAAGGGCACGGUGGUGGCCGAGUCUCCCCAACUCAGCUACCACGAACUCGUCGCCCAGGGUGAGGAGCGCUUCCACGCCAAGCUCAGGACCAGACGCGGUCUCCUCGGAUGGGCCAUGCGCUAUCUCCACGAGAACAGGAUCACGAGCGGUGAGGUGUACGAGAAGAAGAAUAUGCUCAUCACUGUCAAGCGCAUUCCCGCCAUGCUUUGCGUUGGCGCCCUCUACGGUGUCAACUAUGACAUUCAUGCUGCCCAGACCGGUAUCCACGGCACGCCCGAGGGCAAGCGCAUGGAGCGCGUCUACGGCCACGCCAAAAAGUACGCCAACGAGGUCGAGCACACGUACUCGUUUGUCCAAGUUCUCACUGCCUGCACUGCCUCGUUUGCCCACGGUGCCAAUGACAUUGGCAACGCAGUCGGUCCCUGGGCGGUCAUCUACUCGGCAUGGAACACGGGCAACGCGGCCGCUUCCAAGGCUCCCGUCCCCAUCUGGCAGUUGGCCGUUCUCUCUGCCACCCUUUCCCUCGGUCUCAUCACCUACGGCUACAACAUCAUGAAGGUCAUGGGUAACAAGAUUACCUACCACUCUCCUAGCAGAGGUUGCUCCAUGGAAAUGGGCGCCGCCCUCACCGUCCUCAUCUUCUCCCAAUACUCCCUCCCCGUCUCGACCUCCAUGUGCAUCACCGGCGCCACCGUCGGCGUCGGCCUCUGCAACGGCACCUGGAAGGCCGUCAACUGGCAACGUGUGGCCCUGCUCGUCUUUUCCUGGAUCAUGACCAUUCCCAUUGCCGGCACCAUUGGCGGCUUGUCCAUGGGUAUCGUGCUGAAUGCGCCCCACUUUACCUGA